AUGACUACUAGUGGUUUAACGUCAAAUACAAAAGUAAUUCGAAUACAAGAUGAUGAAAAAGACUUAUUAUAUCGACUUCGUGAAAUAUAUGGCAAUGAUUAUAAAAAAUUUCCACUUUAUAUUUUAAGUGAAAAACAUGUUCCAUUAUCAAUUAAAAAAAUUUACAAGAUUUUAGAUGAAAGAAAAGCGUAUCGUCGAAUAUCAGAUUAUUUUCAUCGAGAGCGGGCUGCAAAAAAGUUGAAAGAAAGUCAACAGGAAAUACAACAACAACGUCAACAGCAAACAGAGUCUAACAGUACAACAUCCAGUGAUAUUUUACAAUCGACAAUUGGACAAUCUGACAUCAAUGAGACAAUAGGUGGAUUUUCUAUGCCUUUGUCAGCUGACACAUCAUAUCAAAAACAACAAAAUGUUAACAAUAAUCGUUUAGCUAACGGUCUAAGACAACAUUCGAUGACGAUGCCAGAUCAACAUCAAAACGUAUUAUCAUCUGAACUUUUGACUGUACGAACACAUUUGCAGCAAGCAUUACGCGUUAUUGAUAAUACAUUAAUAAAACGUGAAUAUGAUGAAGAUGAAGAAGACGAAUAUUUAGAAGAAGAUAAUGUCGUUGAUAAUAACAAUCAUUCAAGCGGUCUUGAUGAUCUUGUACGUUCACUAGGACAUGUUGUUACCCAACAGCAACAAAAUGCUUCAUCAUUAGUAGAUGCCACUACACCUCUGCUAAUUAUUAAUGAAGAAGAUAUGGAACAAAGUGAAACAGCCGCAACAAAAACAAACAAUCAUAAUCAUCAUCAAUCAAAAGUAGCUACGUCUAUUAAAUCGGCUAUCGAUCGCUUAAAUGGACUCGUUGAUCGUGGUCAUACAAUUUAUGAUCGUUUAGAAGCUAUUUUAGCUGAAUUCUAA